GCCACCCCACACACGGCUGUCCCAGCGGAGGAGCCCAACCUCCCCGCAAGUCCGAAAACUUUGUCCUGCAGGGGGAAGAAAAAAGAGCGGAGCGGGAGCAGAGCGGAGCCGGGGCGAUAAGUGGAAAUCGAGGAACUAUAAAACCGCCCCGGUUGUUGGCCCACAGCGGGGUGAAGCGGAGGGGCAGGCCGAAAAAAAGAUACGGCGUGAAGGAUGUGGGUCUGGUACCUCCUGCUCGGUUCGGGCACGGGCUCCAGCUCGGUCGACAGCCAACUUCUUCCUGGGAAUAACUUUACCACCGAGUGCAACAUCCCAGGUAACUUCAUGUGCGGGGAUGGGUUGUGUAUCCCUGGAGGCUGGCAGUGUGACGGUUUUCCUGACUGCUUCGACAAGAGCGAUGAGAAAAAAUGCCCAAAGUCCAAGUGUGCGCCCACAUUCUUCGCCUGUGCCAACGGGGUGCACUGCAUCAUCGGCCGCUUCCGCUGCAACAACUUCCGGGACUGUCCCGACGGCAGCGACGAAGACAACUGCACUGGUAAUCCUCUGGUCUGCUCGUCAGCACGCUUCCACUGUCGGAAUGGACGCUGUGUGGACCACAGUUUUCUCUGUAAUGGGGAAGACAACUGCCAGGACAACAGCGAUGAAGAGAACUGCUUUUCUACAGCAGAGUCUCCAGGCCAGGACUUCGUAACACUCGACUACCGGCUGCGCUACUACCCCAGCAUCACCUACGCCGUGAUAGGCAGCGCCGUCAUCUUCGUCCUGGUGGUGGCGCUGUUAGCACUGGUCCUGCACCACCAGAGGAAGCGGAGCGUCCUGUUGCCCCGGGGGGUCCGCGGAGGCCCCCACCACCAUCACCACCACCAGCCCCUGCUGCUCUCCAGGCUGGUGAUAGUGGACAGGGGUCUCUCUCCACCCUCCUCCUCUCCAUCAGGACUGUUCAGCUCAGCCCACAGCCUGCAGCUGCUCUCCAGCGCCCUCUACCCCCGAGGAGGUCCACUCGACUCACCGCCCUCAUACUCACAGGCUGUAAUGGACGUCAGUCGACCCCCGUGGUUUGACCUCCCACCUCCUCCGUACCCUCCUGACAACGGAGCUCCAUGUGAGAGAGAGCCACCAAUUUACGAAGUUUCUGCAGAAGAGCCUGAGACAGCCCUGACCCGAAGCGUCACCAGCAGCGCGAGAGCUGAGACAGGCCAGUCCCGCAACAACAGCUCCGGCUCUCGCUCUGGCGCCGGCCCCGGCUCAGGCUCAGGCUCUCGCGCCGGCUCCAGCUCAGGCUCUCGCGCCGGCUCCAGCUCCACAGAGGAGUCUCAGCAGCUGUAGCCCCUGCAGCGAGGAGACGGACACACUUGUACAUAAAACACACAGACAUAUAGAGGGGGACUGACCCUCUAUAGCGACACAAGACCAGGAGACCCUGAGACCAUGAGUCUCUUUGCGUAGGAAGGAUAUGAGCACUGUGGACUCUCAGCUGGACUUUCUUCAGUGUUACAACUCCCGCCACAAAUGGACACUCUGUCUUCAGCUUCCUGCACUUUUUUCCUGUGUUGGUGGAAGGCGCCAUCUUCUGGUGAACAUGCGACAUGACGGCUCAUGAGAGAACAUGAGGAAAUGGUUCAGAAACUGAGCAGGAAGGAAGCAGCAGCAGAUCAUAUGAAGUGGAUGCUUGCUUUACCAGGCCUCUGAGACGUAUACCCUAAACACAGGGUACACUACAUGACUGCGCAGACACUGCGUCGCGUCAGAAACGGGACGCAGUCGUGCAUCGAGAAGUAUAGAGCAUCCUCAAUAAUAAGUAUUGAGGAGCUUCCAAAAAUGACUAAGCUGAUUUCUGAGUUACAGACCGUUCAUUCUUCAUAUUAUUAAUAAUAUGAAUUUUCAUUUACUUUGUUUUGUUUUGGUUUCGUUUUUUUUCCCCUCAUGUUUAACACUAAAAAAUCCUACUAAACACUCACUAUGCAAUGUGACGUGAGCUGUAUAUGAGGUUUGAAUGUGUAAAAGAGAGAAGGGCGAUUUAUGAGAAGAGUGAUUUCAUGUGUUUACGAAGAAAAAAAAAAUCUACCCCAUUUCCAUCACUGAAGCACUUCAAUGAAUUACCUCUUUUUCAUAGAAACUCAGAAACUCUUUGUUGUGGCCUUGCUCUUGAAGACAGAUGGAACGAAAUUCCAUUAUUAUUAUUAUUAUUAUUAUUAUUAUUAUUAUUAUUAUUAUUGCUAUUAUAAUGCUGUUGUAGUAUUAUUUUUAAUUCUCUGUCUUUAUUCUACAACAUUUCUACGAAAUCUGUCUGAAAUGAAAGCUUUUUAUAGUUCGUCUGAAUCUGUAAAAGUAAAAAUACUAAACCUCGAUCUCGUAGCACCGCUCUCUUCUAAAAAACCGACUGCAUGCUGUAGGAAUAGUUGAAUAUUCUGAGAUAUUUGGACAUAUUUGGAGAUAUUCGGAGCAUGGCAUAUUUAGUGGACAUCAGGCAUAUUUAAAGCCACAGUGCCUUACACUCAGAAGCCUUUGGAUUAACAACAUGUAAGCUAAAUGUCCAUAACAUCAAAAAUCAUCAUCUUUGUCUGUUAAAGUCACAUGAUCACUAAGUAUGUGACUCUUCUGAACUGGUCUCAGUUCAGAUUUCCAGCUCCGACCCAGAUAGAGAGUUUUGGGGCAGCUGAAACACGAAGCACAUGGAGCAGAUAGAACACUCAGACUUGCUAUAUUAGUUCAUAUGUGAAUAAAUGCAGCACCAAAGCCCAUUUUUGACAUUACUUACAUAAAUAAAGUAAAUAAUAAAAAAAAAUAAUAAUAAUCUAGGUCCAGAGACACUCUGGUUCUCUACGCUCUCAGUGCACACUUAACGUAAGGGGCUCUUAAAGGGACAGUGGACACAUUACUGAACACUGGCCGUUUGAACUGUUUUUGUAUUUGACAAUCUGUGUAUCUUGUUCAGUAUUAGUAUUAAAUGUGCAUUGUGUAAAAUAGGUUUAUACAAAUUUAUUAGACCCCCCCUAUCAAAGAAAUGACUCCUGGUUAUACAGGUUUUAUAUAUUUCAUGUAUUUGUAAACUGCAUUUUGCAACUACACUCAGUUGUUAGCAAAGGUCUGUACUUUUCAUUUCUCUUUGAUCAAGGUUUGCAUUCAAAAAACCGCAAAGACUCAUAUUUAUACUCUCUUUACGUAUUAAAAUGAAUCUGUCGACAUUGAAUUACGCGUCAUCACUUAUAAUUAUACAAACACUAGAAAAACAGCGCUGUAAUUAUUGACAUGUAUUUGUAUUGAUUGAUUACUAAGAUAUACUUUAAAGAGGUACCAUUCGAUGCGAUGCGUACCAUUUAAAAAUGAGUGAAAUACACCCUGGAGGAAAAAAAACAAAUGUAUAAAAACACCUUGCGCAAUGGUGUACAAUAAUGUAAUAAAUUCUUUUAAGUGUUAAAAGAACAAAUUGAGGUUUUUAAUUAUUUUUUUAUAAAUUAUUUCACAUAUUUCCAUAUUUAGGUCUGAAAUCCAUUUCUAUGGCUGAAUUCUGUGAUUUUUUUUUCUAUGUUCUCUGUUACAACCAUAUCUGGAAACUUCAGAAAUGUGCAUAAAUGCAGACAAAACGAAUGCACAGUAUGAACAGAAGACUCCGUCCGAAUCCGUAUAUUUAACACCGAGCAUCAACGAGGCGUUAACUGACAGACAAAAAUGCGACGUGCGAAGAUGACGACUUUUUUUGUUUGUUUUAUUUUAAGUUCAGUAACAGCCUUGUUGUGAAGGAUCAACUCAAACUUCUGAGCCUCUUCCUGUAUUUUCUUUUUUUUUUCACCUGACGUGAAGGCUUCUUCUCUAAAUAUAUAAUGCUCAUGUGGGCGGUGGGAAGAAGUGGUGAGAAGUGGUAUGUAUUUAAGAAUUAAUCUUAUGAACAUAAAUAUUGUAAAAUGAAAAUAUGAUCAACUGGACAGAGUCAAAGUGUGUAAAUGAAAAGUAUCACUUUAUUAUUUCUGUCUUUCUGUUGACACCUGGCCAUUAAAAAAAAAAAAAAAAGAAGAAGAAAACAGUACUCCCAAUGAGACAUUUCCUCUGUUCCAUUAGAAAUGUAGAGAUUAAAUUUUACCAAAGCAGAAAAUCAUAUUGUUAUAUGGAAUCAAGUUUUAAAAUAAAGACUACAGCUCGUGUUAUCACUGUA